UUAGAUCUCUCCUCACCUCAAACCAUUCUCUGCAAACCAACCAAUCCUCCUUCUCUUCCUCUUUUGAUCCUUUUCAUUUCAAACUCUAAGAUCAUGGGUGUUUUCACUUACGAGAGUGAGGUCACUUCCUCGGUUCCCCCAGCCAAGAUGUUCAAGGCCGCUAUCCUCGAUUCUGACAACCUCAUUCCCAAGGUAAGGCCUCAAGCUAUCAAGAGUGUGGAAACCAUACAAGGAGAGGGAGGCCCUGGAACCAUCAAGAAGAUUCACUUUGGUGAAGGCAGCAAAUUCAAAAGCAUGACACACCGGGUUGAUGCGAUUGACAAAGAGAACUUCACAUUCAGCUACACUGUGGUUGACGGAGAUGUUUUGACGGGCGGUAUUGAAUCAAUUUCUCAUGAGCUCAAAGUGGUGGCUUCUCCUGAUGGAGGAUCCAUCUACAAGAACACCAGCAAGUACCACACCAAGGGCGAUGUAGAGAUCUGUGAAGAGCACGUUAAGGGUGGCAAAGAGGAGGCUCUGGCAUUGUUCAAGGCUAUUGAAGCCUACGUCCUGGCACAUCCCGAUGCCUAUUAAGUAAAAUUGCCUGUAGUAAUUGAGAUAUUAGUCUCUUGAGUCCACCUUCAUAUUCAUUGCAUCUAUCAGUCUCAAUAAGUUUGGCCUUUUGUGUUUUUGCCAUAUGGCCAAAGUAGCCUCGGCUUAAAAAUAAGAGUUUCCCAGGUCUGAUCCUCGGAGUAUUUGUGAUGUUCUAUUGCCAUGAAGUGUCAUUAUUGUAUUACCUUAAUAAAUAUAUUGGAAAUCAUCUGUUUUACUAAUUAAGCAA